GCAUUUGUUCUGGAAGCUCGUAUUUACAUUUUAAGUGUAUCUGGUGAGUGGGCUGGAGCCCUCGUCUGGGCCGGAAAAAAAAAAAAGGAAGCCCUCCGGUCCGUCCUUUAGUUGGUCUUCUUCCUUUUUCUCUUCGGUUUCACAUCACUCCAACCAGCCGCGACCAUGCCCAGGAAGAAGGCGGCGGCGGCCUGGGAGGAGCCGAGCUCGGGCAACGGCACGGCCCGCGCGGCGCCCAGGAAGCGCGGCGGCCCGGCGGGCAGGAAGCGCGAGCGGCCCGAGCGCUGCAGCAGCAGCAGCGGCGGCGGCAGCAGCGGCGACGAGGACGGCCUGGAGCUCGACGGGGCCCCCGGCGGCGGCAAGCGCGCGGCGCGGCCGGCGGCGGGCAAGGCGGGCGGCGCGGCGGUCGUCAUCACCGAGCCCGAGCACACCAAGGAGCGCGUCAAACUUGAAGGGUCUAAGUGCAAAGGGCAGCUUUUGAUUUUUGGGGCAACCAACUGGGACUUGAUUGGUCGGAAAGAAGUGCCUAAACAACAAGCCGCUUACCGCAAUCUCGGGCAGAACCUGUGGGGACCCCACAGGUAUGGGUGCCUGUCGGGGGUCCGGGUGCGGACAGUGGUCUCGGGGUCGUGUGCCGCCCACAGCCUGCUCAUCACCACGGAGGGGAAGCUGUGGAGUUGGGGUCGAAACGAGAAGGGGCAGCUAGGCCAUGGGGACACCAAGAGAGUCGAAGCCCCAAGACCCAUUGAGGCUCUGAGCCACGAAGCCAUCGUGUCAGCCGCGUGUGGGCGCAACCACACCCUGGCCUUGACUGAAACGGGCUCCGUGUUUGCUUUUGGAGAGAACAAGAUGGGGCAGCUGGGGCUUGGCAACCAGACGGAUGCUGUGCCCAGCCCUGCGCAGAUAAUGUACAACGGCCAGCCAAUUACCAAAAUGGCCUGUGGGGCCGAAUUCAGUAUGAUAAUGGACUGCAAAGGAAACCUCUAUUCCUUUGGGUGCCCUGAAUAUGGCCAGCUGGGACACAACUCGGACGGGAAGUUCAUCGCGCGGGCACAGCGGAUAGAGUACGACUGCGAGCUGGUGCCCCGGCGGGUGGCCAUCUUCAUCGAGAAGACCAAGGACGGGCAGAUUCUGCCCGUCCCAAACGUGGUGGUUCGCGAUGUGGCCUGUGGCGCCAACCACACGCUGGUCCUGGACUCGCAGAAGCGGGUCUUCUCCUGGGGCUUCGGCGGCUACGGCCGGCUGGGCCACGCGGAGCAGAAGGACGAGAUGGUGCCUCGCCUGGUGAAGCUGUUCGACUUCCCCGGGCGGGGGGCGUCCCAGGUCUACGCCGGCUACACCUGCUCCUUUGCUGUCAGCGAAGUGGGUGGCCUGUUUUUCUGGGGAGCAACCAACACCUCCCGAGAGUCUACUAUGUACCCAAAAGCAGUGCAGGAUCUCUGUGGCUGGAGGAUCCGGAGCCUGGCUUGUGGGAAGAGCAGCGUCAUCGUGGCCGCUGACGAGAGUACCAUCAGCUGGGGCCCGUCGCCGACCUUCGGGGAGCUGGGCUACGGGGACCACAAGCCCAAGUCUUCCACUGCAGCCCAGGAGGUGCGGACUCUGGACGGCAUCUUCUCAGAACAGGUGGCCAUGGGCUACUCACACUCCCUGGUGAUCGCGCGGGACGAGAGCGAGACAGAGAAGGAGAAGCUGAGGCGCCUGCCCGAGUACAACCCGCGCACCCUCUGAGGCGGCCGGUCCGCCCUGGCGGCAGCUGCCUUUUCCACGUGCACUGGGACAGGAAGUCAGACGAGGAAUUCCAAGCAAAGUCGACCGAAGGUGCAUUUCUGUUAGACUCCCUGAGGUUCCGUUUUCUAAGUGAUCCAACGUUAACUACCUUUUCCUGUAUGCUUUCCAAAGUGGUUUUCCCUCCAUGUUUAAUUAAAAUAUUUGCUCAUA